AUGGCUAAUUCAACACUUCCUCAUUUUUGUUCUCUCUUGCUUCUACUUCUGCUUCUUCCUCUCCUUCCUACUGUUUUUACCUACACCAAAGAUGACUGUAACAUAAGGCUGGACUCACCUUUAAUUGCACAGCAAGGAACUGGUCCAGGGAAGUCGCCUUCAGGUGAAUUCUCCUUUGGAUUUUAUCCUAUUCAAAGCGAUAAGACUCUGAAUCAAUUCUUGUUUGCAGUUUGGUUUGAUAAAAUAGAAGAAAAAACCAUAGUUUGGUCUGCAAAUGGCAAUAAUCCAGCACCACAAGGUUCUGCACUGAAGCUAUCUAGCAACAAAGAGUUUGUUCUCUAUGACCCUCUAGGCAAAGAGUUAUGGAAGCCUCAAAGGAAUGGUUCAAAAUCCAGUUGCUUUGUUAUGCUAGAUAAUGGGAACUUGGUGAUUUUAGAUGAGCAAUAUAAUCCAAUGUGGGAGAGCUUCAAAGAGCCUACUGAUACAAUUUUGCCAGGUCAAACACUGUACAGGAAUACCACACUCAGGUCUCGCCAAUCUGACACAAAUUAUUCUAAAGGGCGCUUCCAGCUUGCUUUUCAGUCUGAUGGAAAUCUGGUGCUUUAUUCUCUAUCUAUGCCAUCUGAAAUCCUUGGGAAAGCUUAUUUUUCUAGCUGGACAGUAAACUUGGCAACACAGUUGAACUUUACUGAGGCCGGAUACGUGUGCGUCCAAAACGCAAUAUUAACCAAUUGGUUCAACGUUUUCAAGAAAAGUCCUGGCUCAAAUGAAACUUUCUACGACAUGGCUAGGAUUGAUCACGAUGGAGUCUUCAGAUUAUACAAACACCUCAGAAAGGAGGACACCACAAGUGGUGGAAGUAGUCCUGCAUCAUGGACUGAAGUAGAUGGCAUUCCUGAUAAUAUUUGUGAUGCAUUUGUUAAUUAUGCUAAUGGUGGUGGGUUCUGCGGACCCAACAGCAUUUGUACUAAAGAAAGUGGUUAUAGUCAUGCAUCUUGCUCUUGUCCUGUUGGAUUUUCUGCCUUGGACCAAUCGGACUAUUGGACAGGCUGCAAACCAAAUUUCACAGUAUCUAACUGCCACAAUGGACGGGAAGCAAAUAACGAGUUUGAUUUUGUAAAGCUAACAAACACAGACUGGCCGGUCUCAGAUAACAAUUUUCUUCAAGGAUCUGCGGUUGAUGAGGCAACGUGUAGACAGCUAUGCCUCGAUGAUUGCUUGUGUGUUGUGGCAGUUUAUGAUGAUAAAGGUAAAUCUUGCUGGAAGACGAAGUAUCCUCUGUCCAAUGGAAGACAAAACCCAGAUAUUACAAGAAUAGCUCUCAUUAAAGUACCUAAAGGCCAUGGUUCAGAUAUGAAAGGCAAGUCAGAUAAGAAAGGUGAGCCAAUGGUAGUUAUCUUGGCAGUACUACUUAGCAGCUCUGCAUUCCUCAAUAUCCUUUUCUUCUUAGCUAGUUUCGUGGCUAGUUUCUACAUCUACCAUAAAAAGGUGAAUAUGCCAUGGAAUAUUGACAGCACACUUUCAAUAAAUGUGAGAAGCUAUACAUAUAAAGAGGUCGAACAAGCAACCAUGGGCUUCAAGCAAAUAUUGGGUAAAGGUUCUUUUGGAACUGUUUAUAAAGGUGUCCUUGCAUCAGAUUCUAAAAUAUUUGUUGCAGUCAAGAAGUUAGAUAAGGUAGUAGAAGAAGGUGAGAAGGAAUUCAAAACUGAAGUGAAUGUUAUCGGUCAGACUCAUCACAAGAAUUUAGUCCGUUUGCUUGGCUAUUGUGAUGAGGGACAGCACCGGCUUCUGGUUUAUGAGUACAUGAGUAAUGGCUCUCUAGCUAGUUUUCUCUUUGGGAUAUCUAAGCCUCAUUGGAACCAAAGAGUGAAAAUUGCUUCUGGAAUAGCGAAAGGCCUAAUGUAUUUACAUGAAGAGUGCAGCUCCCAGAUUAUUCAUUGUGACAUAAAACCUCAAAACAUACUUCUAGAUGAGUACUUUACCCCAAGGAUUGCUGAUUUUGGAUUAGCAAAGCUUUUGUUGAUGGAGCAAAGUCGAGCAGCUCUUACAGCAAUAAGAGGGACAAUUGGGUACUUUGCACCUGAAUGGUUUACCCAAGCAUCCAUUUCAGUUAAGGUUGAUGUGUUCAGUUUUGGGGUGAUGUUACUUGAGAUCAUUUGUUGCAAGUCCUGCAUUGCCUUUGCAAGGGAAGAAGAGGAGGCAUUUAUAGUUUGGGCUUAUGUAUGCUACAAAGAUAAAAGAUUAGAUAAGUUGAUAGAAAACGAUGAGGAGGCAAGGAAUGACAUGAAGAGGCUAGAGAGGCUUGUGAUUGUGGCACUUUGGUGUAUUCAAGGAGAUCCUUCACUAAGACCCUCAAUGAAGAAGGUCACACAAAUGCUUGAAGGAGUAAUUGAAGUUUCCGUACCCCCAAGUCCUCCAUUGUAUACUUCCUCUUCGUCCUCAAAAAUUGUUGCACUACAAGACAAAUCUUCCAGUCUGGCCAAGCAGUUAGCUUGUGACUCGGACUCGCGACUCAGUCAUGUCAGGCCCAUGUACUUACACGAAGAGUGCUACACCCAAAUCAUCCAUUGUGACAUAAAGCCUCAAAACAUACUCUUAGACGAGUACUUUACAGCAAGGAUUGCUGAUUUUGGAUUAGCAAAGCUUUUGUUGGCUGAGCAAACUCGAGCAGCUCGAACAGGAAUAAGAGAGACAGUUGGGUACUUUGCACCUGAAUGUUUUAGUAAAGCAUCCAUUUCCGUUAAGGUUGAUGUGUACAGUUUUGGUGUGAUGUUACUUGAGAUCAUAUGUUGCAAGUCUAGUGUUGCGUUUGCAUUGCAAGAAGAGGAGGCAUUGAUAGAUUGGGCUUAUGAAUGCUACAAAGAUAAAAAAAUUAGAAAAGUUAAUAGAAAAUGA